CCUUUUUUUAUCAGCUAAUGUUUAUUUUCCUAUGAAAUGUGAAAGAUAGAAAGAACUCCUCUAUAGCAAUAGAAUUCUAUUCCUGCCAACCAAAUGGCUCCAAAGAAAUCCUACAAGAUUUCUCCAAACCAAACCAAAGGAGGCUUGAAAGUGAGUAAACUUGUAAUCAAGUUGGGGUAGUAAAAGUAAUCAGGUAAUCCGGGUGCAGAAACACUCGUGUAAUUUCGUCGGUGGCGCCAAAGACGGGCACCGCCACCUUUUGUUUCACUUUCCAGUUUCAGAUUUGGACGGGGAAGGAAGGCCUGCACACAGGGCGCACGCCGAAAUCAUCAGAGGCAUGCCUGCUAUUCUACUCCUGGGAGGGCUCAUCUUUUCGGUGCGUUCCUCCGCUCCCCGCCACCGACUAGCAAAGCAAAUCACCCGCAACCUGCCAACGCCGGAGCGGGAGCGGCGGCCGGAUCCACGCGCACCUGACAACUCCACCCGCGCGCACUGCUAAACACUACUGCCAGCCACUAAACACUCGUGCCUAGCUAGCUCGGCGCGCGCUAUAAGAGGGCACGCCGGUGCACGGCAACCGGCAACUCGUUCGAUAUUGUGAGCCAGUUCAAACUUGAGUGUCACUGUCGCUAGUAGUGCGUCCAUGGCUCUGGGAAGAGGCAGUGCGAGGAGCGGCGCGGCCGCGGCGGCGGCGCUGCUGCUCGGCUUGCUCGUGACGAGCGCCGAGGCGGCGAAGUACACGGUCGGCGACUACGGGGGCUGGAAGUUCAACGUCGCCGGGUGGGCCAAGGGGAGGACCUUCCGCGCCGGCGACGUGCUCGAGUUCAAGUACAACGGGGCGGUGCACGACGUGGCGGCCGUGGACGCGGCGGCGUACCGGAGCUGCGUGGUGCCCAAGGGCAAAAGGGCGCUGCGCAGCGGGCACGACAGGGUGAGGCUGGUCAAGGGGAUGCACUACUUCGUCUGCACCGUGCGCGGGCACUGCAAGGCCAACAUGAAGAUCGCCGUCAGGGUCAUCUAGAGACCAGAGUGGCACUUACUUGUUGUUAACCACAUUCAGAUCAGAUCGAUCCAAAGCUUUCGACUGAAGCUUUUAGCUUGCUUAUUAAUGCUUACACCAACUGCAAUUGUUCUAGAUGCGGCUAGCUAUCGCGAUUUAGGGGGGUGUUUUUUUACAGGAACUUUUUGCUGUAGGGACUAAAAAAACUCCCUUUUAGUCUCAUGUGAAAGAAACAUGAGAGACUUUUAAGGACUAAAAUGGGGUAUUCGGGACUAAAGGAAGAAGUCCCUAUGAAAGGGUCUUUUUAAAACUUUUGACACUUUUUUCAACA